AUGUCAAACCAACUGAAAGCGAUCACCCUAACCCAUGUCCGUUACUUUAAAGGAGAUCAAUUGGGCUGUUUCUUAGCAUGGAUUUCACUAGUUCCAGUGUUCAUCAGCCUCGGUGGGUUUGUCUCUCACUUCCUCUUCCGUCGAGAGCUCCAAGUCGCCCAGGUGUUCGCCGGUGCUGGACUUGGGAUCUUUCUUGGUGGGUUGUGGUUUUGGGUGGUUAAUUCGAUUCUCAGAGGAAUAGAAUUGGUCAAUUGGGUGAUGUGGAAGGAAGGUGGCCUGCUGUUUGGUGUUUAAAAGAUUUGCAGUGGGUCUGUAAUGUGUUUAAUUUGACAGAAUUAAAAGUCGAUAUAUAUCUUUACUCUUUAUUAGAACUUGAUUGUAUUGUUGCAACUAGUCACUUAUAGUUUAUCUUAUAUGGUUUAAAUGUUUAAUUGGUCAUAUUUUAUUAGACGAGUUGAAAUUGUAAAAGAAGAAUUAUAUCCCAUGUCUUUAAUCUUUUGCU